AGCCGUUCCCGGCCCCACGCCCGCGGGAGGCUCUCGAGGGCGCUGCCCCCCCGCCGAGGCCCCCGCGGGGGGGCGGACGGCCGCCAAGGCCCCGCGGCGCGCCCCGCACAUGGAGAUGGCCCCCCCGCGGCCUGCGCCAUUGGCUGCGGCCACGGGCCCGAGGGCGGCAGCGCCCCCGGCGGGGGGCAGGUGCGGCGCCCGCCGCCGUGCGGCCCCGCGCCGCGCCCCGCAGCGCCUGCUGGCUCCGCUGCUCGUCCUCGGCGGCCUGCUCGGCCCGCGCGGCCGGGCGGCCUUCGCCGAGCCGCCGCCCCGGCGCGGCUCCGCCGCCGGCAGGCGCUCGGCGCUCGCCGGCGCGGGCGGCGCGCUGCUCGCGCUGGGAGGCCUCGCGGCCGGGCCGGGCACGGCGGCGGCGAGGCUGACGCCCCAGGACGGGACGCUGCAACAGGUCGAGCUGUUCUCUCGGAGCUCCCCGAGCGUGCUGGGCAUCUCCGAAGGUUUUACGAGGCUCCUGCAAGGGAUGCCUGCGCCGAGUGGGGCAACGGGGAGCGCCUUCAUCUGGGACGACGACCAUAUCGUGACAAACUUCCAUGUCAUCGCGCAUAUGACGGACCCGUACGCAACGUUUUUGGUAACUGGCCCAAGCGGCAACGAGAUCCGCAGCAUUCACAAACUAGUCCUUGUGGGAGGGGAUCCGCUUUCUGACAUCGCAGUCCUCCAAGCACCUUCACUGCGUGAUUCUGAGGUGCACAAGCUGAUCCGGCCCAUGAGCCGCGGAAGCUCGUCCACCCUGGUGCCAGGGCAAGAGGUUUUUGCACUUGGCAAUCCGUAUGGGCUAGAGCACAGCAUGAGUCGGGGCAUCGUCAGUGGCGUGUCACGGACAAUGCCCAUGGGGAUGGGAGGUAGGCCAAUGGGAGGAGUCAUUCAGACCGACGCGGCCAUCAACCCAGGAAACAGUGGCGGGCCGCUGCUGGACAGCAAAGGUAGAGUUGUGGGCAUUAACUCCGGGAUCCUGUCCAGCACUGGGUCAUUCGGUGGCGUGGGCCUGGCCAUUCCAAUCGACCUGGUCGAGCAGCACGUUACCAAGAUGCUUUCUAACGGAUACGUCAGCAGGGCAGUGUUGGGCGUCACCUUCGCACCAGCUGCCAUGUCAAAGGCACUCGGCGUCGACGGGGUGAUGGUGAAACAGGUGGUUCGAGAUAGUCCCGCCUCGAGGGCAGGUUUGCGGGCACUUGGGAAUGGCCACCUGGGCGAUAUCAUUGCAAGCAUCGAGGGGAAGAGCAUCGCCAGCUCCACCGAUGUUGUCAGGGUUCUCGAUCAGCUCGCGCCCGGUCAGGCAGUCAAGGUGCAGUUGAAGCGCGCUUCUCAGGAUAUCGAUUCCGACCGCUACGAUAUCGUCGAUCUCAGGAUUGUGCUGGACAGCUCAGGUCAAAAGAAGUACCCUCUGGUAGCUGUUUGACAAUCUUCCGAAUUCAAUUUCGGCGUCUUUACUCGUUCUCCACAAGACUGGAGAUAUUGCAUGAGAUUCCCAUCAGGGUGGCCAUCAGGGUGGGGGUGGUGGAAUGCAGAGAUGCCCGGUUGGAAUAGUUCGCACAGAAUUGUAAGUACAGACUGGAUUUGCGCAAUGGACCAAGGCUCACUUUGGAGGUGUGCUAUUCAGGUCCGCCGAUCUCGCAGAGCAAUUUCAGUUCAGCCCUGCACUAGAUUAGCAGCUCCAGUGGUUCCAUUUUUUCGCUCAACGUGCAUCACAACUUUUUCUACCAGCCCGUUCAGUUGCGUCCAUUGUUGAAAGGUUGCACGGCGGCUGUUUGUACAAAGGCAUGGCGACAUGCACAAUCUGAGCACUUUUGCAGCGAAGCGCUGCAACUGCGCUGCGCGCGUGCACGCAUUCGUGAACAUUUAGUUCUCUUUUGCAGUUGCUGUGAUACCCUCCCCUCCCCUCGCCCCGCUGCAGCGGCUUCAAGUCGCAUUGGCUCUCGCAGCUGUCUGCAUUUUGACAUUGUGUGCCACUCCUCCAACAGUGCGAGCAGCGCAGUCCUUGUCCAACGAGUGGAGGUCUGCGAUGGACUGACUCUGAGGUUGACCAAUCUUGAGCCAUCCUCAGAGCAUGCAGUGGGCGCCAGUCCUAAAGAAACAGAGGCCACUCACUUGGACGGCAGCAGGGUGCCGAGCGUAGAAGCGAAAGGCUACGCAACAGCUCGCAUCCGAGGACCGCCCUUCAGAUAUGCCUCCGUGCACGCGGUACGAUCAGAAGGUCGAACGAUCUCCAGAGGUCUCACGGCGGCACUGCACCCAUGUCGGCCCGCCCCUCACACGUGUCGUGGCCCCUGAAAGCGUCGCUGGAGUUCCUUCUGGGCGACCAGCGCGCGUCCCGGGGACUCCCCGGCGCUCAGCCUCCCCCUGUGCGCCUUUGCGCAUUGGAGCGGGCGCCAGAUUCGCAUGUUGCGCGCUCUUGAAAGAAGCGCUCUCCGAGCACCCGAUCAUUCCGCCGCCUCGCCUGCCCAUGCCUUGGUCGCCACUGUCCUUCUUCUCCGUGCUCCUUUUUGCUCGCCCCCGUCCUUCGCCUCACUCGCCCCACUUCGUUCACAACUGUAUACGGUUGCACCUUUUCGC